GCCCUGCGAUGACAGGACAGGGACAGGAGUUCAGUGCACAACGUGAUAUCCUUCAACACCGCAUCCCUGCGUUUGUUUGUUAGUUUUCCGGUCGGUUUUUUAGAGAAACAUAAUUGCGUCCCCACUGUUUUAACGGUGGAUGUACAAGGUCGUUACGUUACGUUUUCGGCAUGUGCACGCGCGUAUGGGAGAGCUGACUGCGUGCGAUCUACUCCUACUACUACUGUCUCAGUCUUCAUUCAGAAGUUCUAGUGAUUAUAGACCUACUGUUGACUGUUCGUCUUCGUUUUGUAGAACCGUUCGUUUAUCAGUGUUUGUUGUUUGUGUAUUAGAAUGUUACUCGUGAACUGUCCACUUCAAACUCUUCUCACAAUAAUAAUUACUAAGCUCGACUCCAACAAACCUUCUCAAUAAUCAUCAACUGAUAACACACACACUUCGACCGAUUCGAUCGAGCGAUACCAGUUGCAGCAAGCUGUUGUCACGAAGUGAGUCCGGACAUGCUGCAAUGUAAUCACCAAAUGCUACCAACGAACUUCAGUGUGCUAGAUAGGAGUGAAUGAUUGUUGUAGUAGUGAAGUGAAAUGACUAAACGUGAAGUGCGCCUGGAGGGUGGCGCCCCCUGGGGCUUCCGCAUGAAUGGGGGCUCCGAUUCAGGCCAUCCGCUCAGGAUAUCCAGGGUGAAUCCAGGCAGUAAGGCGGCUCAACAAGGGGUGAGGGAGGGGGAUGUGAUAUCAGCCAUCAAUGGCACGGCCACUCGACUGCUGACCAAUGGCGACUCGCAUGCGCUUCUCAAAUCAGCUGGCUCUUCUCUCACUCUUGGCCUCAAUCAAGACAAUACCAGUUCACCAAAGCGGAGGAGUAGGGAUCUCAAUAAAAGAGAAAACUCAGCCGGUAGUUCUCAAGAGCUGAACCGAUUGAACGAUGAACUAGAUCAGCCAAAGAGUGCUUCCUCCACCUCCAGUUCAGAACCGAAAAAGCAAGGAAAGAAAUCGAAGCCCAGCCGAACACAAGAGGAGGAGGAAGAAAAAGGAGAGAGCACUGAUAAAAAUGAAUGUGAAGCGGAUGGUGAACAGAGAGAAGAAGGUGGAGGAAAUGUUGAAGAAUGUGUGGAAAAUGAGAAGAAAAUUUCCUCAAGCAAAGCUCGUCGAUUGCGGAAAUCAAGAGCUAAAAGAAAAAUUAUCACCUCUGAUCAUUUAGAAAUAACUAUUACUGAGAAUACUGAAGCCUGUGAUACUCGUAUUGAAGCAGUUGAUGAUAAUGUACUAAAUGAUACAAGCUGUGAUAUAGCAGUGAGCAAUGAUGAAUCUCAUAUUCCAAGUGAUAAAACAGUUUCCAUAUCGAAUAUUGAAGAUCUCGAAUCAGUUUCUGAUAUCAUUGUAAGCAAUACAAAUUCUGAUACUCACGAUGAGACGUGUAUCUCCAUAUCAAACAAUAAAGAGCUCAAUAUUGAUAAGGAUUUAUCACCCUCCACGCAUACAUCACCGAAUACAGAAAUUAUUGUGACCAACGAUAGUAACACAAAAGUUGAUGAUCCAAAUUCGCCGAGUUCAAAGGAUGAAGGUAUAAUUGAAAAAGUGGAAGGUGAACCUGAGAAAGCUGGAAAGAUCAAAAAGAAAUCAAAGAAAAGUAAACCAUUUCCUUUGAAUCUCGAGUGUACGUCUAGUCAUGUGGUUGAGAGUAGAAUUGAGAAUAAAAUCGAGAAUGCUCCGGAAAAUAGAGAUGCGAUAGAUUUUCCGAAAACUGGUGAUAAUAUAAAGUCAUCGAAUUUCGAAGAGGAAGAAAUUAAAAUAGUGCAAGUGUCGAAUGAGACUGGUGAAAAUACUAAAGAAGUAAAAAACGUCCUAACUCUGAAUAAUGUUGCAUCACAAUCUGAGGUUGAGAAUGAUGCUGGUCUAGAAAAAUCUCAAUCAUCACGUGAAUCGAUUUUGGAAGGUUCUAUAAUCAAGAAAAAGAAGAAACAUAAAUCAAAAUCUUCGAAGUCUAUGAAGGUGGAAACUGUCGAACAAUCAAGUAGCGUAGAACCUUCUGGUGAACAAUUGGAAAAUAGGAAUGAAACUAAGAAGAACAAUGUUCAUGAAGGUUCAAUUGUUGAAAAUAGUUCUUCCACUCCUGGUUAUGAGAUAGAUUUUGAGAUUCUCGGGAGCUUGAAAAAGGAAGAAAGGAAUUCUAUUGAUUUAGCUGCGAAAAGUGGGCAGGUAAGCAACCUAAAUGAGGUUCCUGUGAAACCUUUAAAUAAGAAGAGUAAAUCAAAGUCUACGAAGUCAAAGAUUACAAAAGAUAGAGAGGGCGUUGAAUUUUCUACAGACUUUGGUAAUGGAAAUAAUUCUUCAAAUCUCUCUGAAACUUCAAAAGCAUCAGCUGUGGAAUUCCCUUCCAAUAUCAUCGAUCUGACGAAGAGUGAUUCUCAUUUUCUACAUAUAGAAUCCUCGACUAGCAACGUAUUCAAUGAAGAAUUUGAUACCGAUUGUCUAAAACUAUCUUCCCUGUCAAGAGAUGAAGUUCGUUCCCCAGUUGAACUAGUAUUGAACCCUCCAACCCCAACCCUAGCUAGCGAGGAAACUUUCUUUGGGCCAGAUUGGGAGAGUGUUGAGGAGAUUGAAUCAACUGUUUUGGGUUCAACAAAAAGAGAUGUUGGCAAAAAAGUAUCUGUUCAAGAUUCAUCCCAUAGUGAUUUACGAGCUGAAGUGAACAAUUUGGUGAUUGUGGAAGACUUUGGUGAUGAUAUGGGGUUGACUGUUGAUGAUAUCCGUACACCAAUUAUCCCACCUGAUGAGGAGAAAAAAUUGAGAAGUUUUCUGGAAACUUUAGACCUUGUCAAGCCUGACUCUGAUUACGAAGAUGACUAUGAUAUUGGAAAAGAUUCGAAAGAGGAGAUUGUUGUGUAUAGACAUUGUACCCGUAGAAGCUCAGCUGAACCCUGUUAUAUCCCUCCACCCCAUAGACACUACCUCGAUGUUAUCACUGAAGAAAACAGCGAUCUUAGUGACACUGACCGCAAAAGUGAUUGUGAUAAACCCUGGGAGAACCCAGAGUUGAUAAAAAAGAACAAUGACAUAGAUGAAAUACCUGAUGAUUGGGGCGAUUCUGACCAGGAAGUUGAAUAUCCUUCUGAGGAGGAUGGUGGUAUAAGAACGUGGAAUGGUUGUGGUACUUUGGAGGAAGUAGAAGGAGUUGAAAUUGUCUAUUUAGAUAGUGACAAUAGUGAUGAAACUAUUAUUGAUGAUAGGAAUAGAGAAUUGGGGGGAAACGAGCCUAAACUCGUAGUUUGUAAAACUACGGAAAUGGGAAAACGACAAAAGAUUGAUAGUCCUCCAAUUUUAGUCAGUAAUGAAAAAGUCAUGGUUGGAGAGAAUCGACAUGAGACAGAUAAGAUUGAUAAGGUGAAAAUAAUUGGAGAUGAGAGGAUAGUUGAAGAGAAUCGUAAUGAGAAGCAUAGAAUUGAUAGAAACUGCAGCCAAGUGGUUUCAAAUGAGAUGGAAGUUCAAAGUGGAGGGAAAAAUGAUGACAAGUAUAUUGGUAAAGAGAAUCCUAUUCCAAGAGUUAUUGUUAAGGAGACAGAUUCACAAGUUGAUGAGCCUGUUGAUAAAAACUCUGUUUCAAGAGUCAUUGUAGAAGAGAAAGAGUUACAAGUUGAUAAGCCCAUAGUUGAUGAGAACCAUAUUUCAAAAGUAAUUGUGAAAGAGAAAGAGUUGAAAGUUGAUGAAAAAGCGCAGAUAGAUCUGAUAAAUACUAUUCCCAAAUCAAGUGAGUUGGUGAAAGCUUUUGAUAAAAUUGAUAAAGAUAAACAGGAUGCUCGCCGCAGAUUUUUCUCAAAUGAGACAUAUCUCAAGGAAGAAUCUGUUCGAGAAAGUGUUUCCAAUAUUACACCGGUAUCUGUUGCUGUGUCAAAAACAUUCAUUGAUCAAAGUGUAGAAGGCUCAAAUAGAAGUAGAAUUGAUAUUGAUUCUAAGAGGCAAAAUGCAAACAAAGAUAGUAAAUUUGGAGUUGGGAAUCUUGAUUAUGAGCUCAUCAUCGAAGAUAAUGGUAGAGACGGGUCAAACAGAACAAAGUCUGAAGAGGGUAGAAAUUUCAGUAAAAGUGUGUCAGAUGAAGGUUGGGACGAAAGUAGAACAAUGAUACAGCAGACAAGAAUAAAUUCGAAAUCUGUCCAAAGUAGAAACUUUAAUAACAAUCUAGAAACAUUGGAUCUUAUCAAGGUGUGUGCCAAAAGCGAUGGAGAAGAUCGAUCUGAUUCAGAAAAUAUCUACGAGUACAUAGAGUUUAGAAAAGAGAGUGACUCAAAACUGAAAGAAGAUUACGAAGAAAUAGACUCCAGUAUCACAAACGAUGAAGAAAUCGUAGUUCCAAAACCUCAUGUCAAAGUCGAUGUUACGGCUACUCCAAUCCUUUCGAGACAAAACUCGUCUAGCAGCGGCACAAUGUCAACUCAGUGCACAUCAAAAUUCAAUCAAUCGCCCUCUGCAUGGUCGUCUGAAAACGAGGAGAAACCAGCCAUCAAAGAAUCUUCAAAAAUUUUUGUGGGAAAUAAUCCGGAGUCCCUAAGAGAAUUAUCAACGAAGAAAGUUAUAUCUUUGCCGAAUGGUUUAAGAUUGUUGGAGGAUAUCGGGAUUAUCCAGUUCAGGAGCUGUCUUGAUGGAGAUCAGAAUUAUUUCUAUCAGAAUAUUUCUGGAGUAGUGUCACCAGAUUUAACUUAUCCACCUUCGCGACCAACGUCAGUCAGUGGGUCAUACUUUCAUAAACGUCAUUCUUUCUCUCCUAAAUCUUGUAGUGUUUUGUACACCCCUCCUCGGUCUGUGGUUACCUCACCACCAUGCAGUUUACCCCCCGAUAGGGAGCGUUGGAUAGGAAUUCCUACAGCCUCCCAAAACACAUUCGUCUGCUUUUCACCGUCCCAAACCAAAAGCACCCCCCUUCCACCCGGACCUCAGGAAGCAGCAGGUUUGUUGGAUUUACAUAAAAAGUUUAUUGAAAGACGAGGUUAUCAUGAGGAUAGGUGGAGGGAGUCGUCCAGUGAUCUACAAUCUCCAGAUCUGAUAAGAUUAGAACAGUAUAGUGCACCAGUAAAACAACGAGAUUAUACCCCUGAGCUAUUAGCUGAGGCUGCUAAUCUACUGGCUUUGAAAGAGUACAGGGAGAGUAGAUGUCUAGAUAGUAAGAGCCCCGAUCUUGAUACAAACUAUGAUGAUGAGAAUAAAGCGAUGAAAUUCACAAUUGAUGAAGUUAUGAAGAUGAGAGAGAGUGAAAGAAAUGCAUCGCCUUCUUAUAACCCAAGAAGUGACAGUAAGUAUAAAACAAGAGCAAUCAGUGAAAACUCUAGAAGGCCGAAUGAGAUUGGAAGGAUAAUUAAAGAAGGUGCAAUUCCUCCAUACAAUCUUAGAAACGAAAAUGAAUCAACAUUGAAAUUGAUUAAUGAAGAUGUUAACAAGUUAAAUGAGUUUAUGAGGUUAAAUCGAAAUAAAGAGAGUGAACCAACUUCACAUGUUUUGAAGAAUAGCCAAGAGUUCUCAACGAGAGAAAACUAUAAACAUAAGGAAACUUUUAAUGAUAUUUCGAAGAUGAAUCAAGGUGGAACGAGUUCUUGUAAUCAGAGAAAUGGUGGAAAGAAUAAAACUAGUAUUAUGAAUGAAGAUGUGGAAAUGUUGAAUGAACUAUUGAAAGAGCUUGAUAUUGAUCACAGUAAUGUAGAUAAUAAGAAUAGUAGUACUACGAGUACUAGAGAAUUGAAGAGUUCUAUUGGAAAACAUGAGAAUUUGAAUGAGAAAUUCGAUAAUGAAAGACAUAAAACUCAAAAACUUUCGAAGAACCUCAAGGGAGGAGGAGAAAAAACGUUCGGGAAUAUCCAAGAUAAAACAGAAACUUUAUUGAAAAAAAUCAAGGAGGAGAGGGAUGAUUUAUACGGGAAUGACAGGCAAAAAACUAACAAACAUUUAGUUUGUUCUAGGGAUAAUGAUCUAAUUAGAAAUGAUACACAAAAAUUUACCAAACUUUCGGAGGAUUCUAGGGAAAACGACUUGUUUGAAACUUUCGAGUGGAUCGAAGGCGAAACAAACCAAGGACUAGUUCAAAAGCUAAUAGCAAAACUGGAGAAGGCGGCAAGUGGUGUAGAAGGAGAAGGAGAUGGCGAGCGAGCAAAAGCAACAGAGAGCAGCGACGACAGAUCUAGGCUGUUGGCUCUCAUCCAGAGCCAAAAUGAUCGAAGUGUCGGUGCUUCGCUUUGCGACGGCGAGUUGCAGCUAGACGCGACGUGCAAUCGACGCCAUUGCAACACGAUUUGCGGCGAGGGACGGCGUCGAUCGACGGGUUCCGGUGAGAUGACUCGAGGGGAUGAUGAUCGUGGUGAUGAUGAUCAUACUCAAGGUGACUCGUCUUCGAGAGUUUUUGACGCCGAUGACUACAAAAUAUCUAAACGCGGAGACAUUGCGGUGAUAGGUGACAACAACGGCUCCCUGCGCCGCCCAGAGCGUCCCAAAUCCCUGCCACCGGGCACUUCCGGCUCGGGCACUGAAAUGUUCCGGCAGAAAAUGUACGAAGAGUACAUGGAACAGGUGGCGGAACGCUUCGAACGCCGGCAACAGAAGGUGAUCCGGUUAUCACGGCCGGCAUCCCUGCAGGUCGACGACAGUAGCAACCGUGACUCCUCGGAGGCGUUGAACCUGGAGGACGAGUUCAUGGUGAAGGUACGUGAACGCAUGUCGAAGCUGGGGAUCAAUCUCGAUGACGAAAACAACAACGCAGAGGAUUGCGGGGAUGAGUCUCUCCCGAAGCACCUGCAGGAGUUCGCUCAGCUCGGAGACGAUGGUGAUGGAGUGUGGUCACCCGCGCAAACGCCAGAAGCCCAGCGAAAAGUGUUCGACUUUGCCAGUGCGGAGAGAGAACAGCGCGAGGAUGAGGAGCGGGAGAGAGACAAGAGUCCGCAGCCUGUAGUGUGGACGCCGAAGAGUGUGCCUUCGCCCACCCCGGAGCGCAAGGCCUACAGACCUGUCAAGUUCGAAUCACCGCCACCUGUCCGCAAGAAUCCGCCCAAAUCCAAAGAGGAUUCUCCAAAGCCACCAACUAGUCUUCCACUAACGCCUGCCGAUUGGUCGAAGUCGACAGCCAAUAGGAGCACGACUUUCCACUCGGAGACAACGACCGACGUCGAACAGAGGCUGACCAGCAGUCAGAGUGCCGACUCGUCGCUCGCCUUUUCCACCGAAAUAAACCUGCCUAGGGCGCCCAAUCCUACCAUCACACUCCUACAGAAAGCUAGAGAAGGACAAUUACCACGUGGUGCACAUUACCUGGAGGGAGAAGACGAGACUGCUUCGAUAGCUUCAGAAGAUUGUAGAAGGCCUCAUAUAGUUCCCAAUGAAAUAAUUUAUACCGUGAAAAAAGAAUACUGCAGUGAAGGCGAAGACAAGAAACCAAAGAAAAUAGUUGAGCUUGGACCUAGAAAGUUUGAAGGCAUUGGCCCAACUACCAAAGAAGGAAUACCUAUUGUUCUAAGAUCUGAAGUGAAAGACACCAAUCAACAAAAGUGGUACAAGCGCAUGUAUGAUUCGCUCCACAAAGCGGAAGGUGACAAAUAUGUAACUGUACGUUACAGAUCCAAUAAGAAAGAUCAAUACCCAUACGCAAGUGCCGGUGGAUACUUGUCAGAGCCUGACCGCCUAGGCUAUGACUCAGACCUGACCUCCUCCAAGUAUGCCACUCUCGACCGCAGACGCAUAAGGAAUAAAGAGAAAGACUUCACCACCAGUACUAUGCCACGUUCCAAAUAUGUACCUGAUAACUCUGUGAAGAAGCCUGUUGACGUUUACAAGAACCAGCCCGGAAGAAUAGAGGACUACGAGCCUGGACGGUCAUCUAUAUCAGAAAAGGAAGCCAAACAAUGGUGGGAUGAAGUGUUGGACAUUUUCGACGAGCAAUUCGAGCAGGCCCAAAAUACGAACAGACCGCCACCCACCACUCCAAAUACAGGCAAACCUUUCAUGACUUACGCACUGAAGGAGUCGGGUUAUGAGAGCGAUUCCACACUGGUGUUCAAGCGCAGAGACGAAAAUCUGCAGAAUCAGCAAGCGAUGUCGCCCGCCGAACAGAAAAUGGCCUACAAGACAAUUCAGAAGGGUGGAGAAGUGCCUCUGCAUGGUCUACGCAAGCCGGCUCCUGAGAGGCCCAAAGAGCCGAUAAGUGGUGGACCCGUGCCAGUACCUGAGAGAAGUCACCUGCCCAAGCGACAAUCAGAAUCGCCACACCGCUAUGUGGAGUCGGAGGUGACGAUCCACUACAAGAGUCCGGUGCGUGCCGAGGCGAAGGAGGCGCUCUCCGAGGAAGAGUUGGCCCAGCGGCAGGCGGAGACCAUGCGACGCAUCUACCAGGAGGAGCGACGACGCAAGUACCUGCAAGAACUGCAGGACAUGUACAGUCGCCGACACACCGACAACUUUAUUCCAUCACAAAAGUCGCCGAUUCCGUUGAACCGGUACGAUGACUUCCCGAAUGACAGUCACCACUCGACACUCAAGUCAAGGGACCGCACCCCCGAGCCAAAGCUCGUUGCCAGGGCACUCUACAACUUUGUCGGACAAUCAUCCAGAGAACUAACGUUUCGGCGAGGAGAUAUAAUCUACGUGAGAAGACAAAUCGAUAAGAACUGGUUCGAGGGAGAGCACAACGCGAUGAUCGGUCUAUUCCCUCUCAAUCACGUUGAGAUUAUUCCAUACGAUGGAAUCCGAUCGAUGCCGAAGAGAUCGAGUGAAGGCCAAGCCAGGGCGAAAUUCAACUUUCAAGCUCAAACACACCUGGAACUCUCAUUAGUCAAAGGAGAACUAGUUGUCCUUACAAGGAGAGUAGAUGAGAACUGGUUUGAAGGAAGAAUUGGAAAUAGGAAAGGCAUUUUCCCGGUGUCCUACGUGGAGGUCUUGGUUGAACCAGGCGAAAGGGCAGUGAGUCCUGUAAGACCGACAACCCCCGCCUCCAGUAAACCGGUGGCCUCCCCAGCCUCCCACUCGAUGAUUCUGAAUGGCGGUCGCAACUCGUCAACCCACCAUCACUACACCCCCCCGCCCCCUGUCAGCUACACAUCACUCUCACGGCCUACAAAGACGUCGAAACAAGAUCUAGCACCUGUCAAUCAAGCACUACACAUUGACACGCAAUCAGAGCCUGUGCCUUACCGCGCGCUGUACAAUUACAAGCCGCAGAAUGACGACGAGUUGGAGCUGAAUGAGGGCGAUUUGGUGUAUGUGAUGGAGAAGUGUGAUGACGGCUGGUAUGUGGGCAGCAGUCAGCGCACCGCCUGCUUUGGCACCUUCCCUGGCAACUAUGUUCAGAGGCUACCCACAGCCCAGUUUUAAAAGCAUGAACUUUGGUUGAGCAGGAGCUGGUCUAAGGGCGUAUGAGGAUAGUAUACUGCAACAAAAAGACUCACAUCGAGUUUGCUAUUGAAUUUCCAUCAACUAAUAUUAUCAAGUCACUUGUCUGAUGUUAAUUAAGGUGACAAUGUAAUCACGGCUUUCAACAGUUCAGCUGAAAUUUUUCAAAAAUUGGAUGCUUUUCUCUCCAAGUGUGGCACUCCAACUUCAGUCGGAACAAGUAGUAAAUCAAAUGCCUGCAUAAGCGCACACAAGACAAUACCAAUAACAAUAAUGUCAAAUUGAAUAUUAUUUACUAUAUUGAUUAAUUGAAAAAAUAACUAAUCCUCAUUUAAGUUACUAUUAACUAUAGUUAAUUCAGUUAACUAUUUGAAUUUACAUGUAUCACUUGUAACUAUGAAAAUUCCCAAUGAUUACUUCGUGGAUGAAGUACCUAAAUUAACAUUGUAAUAUAAUUAUUGAUUUUCUCGUUAUUAAUUUUUUUUAAUUACCGUAUGUAGUUAGCUCAGGUACAGUAACAUGUAUUGUAUGAAAAGUGAUUGAGACUCAUUUUGUAAUAAUAAUUGAAUCCAAUGAUAUUAAUUUUUAUAAAGUACAAUAUUGAAAAAUAUAGUUAUGCCAAAGAAAUUCCGUAUGUAAUUUUGUAUUAUAGUAGUCAAUUGUGUAUAUCAGUUUCCAAAAGAAGCUCAACGUAGAUGAAAUCCCUUGCAUUUUGUGCUUCCAGCUUACUUCUUCCUAUGAAAAUUAGAGUACGGUAUUUGAAACAAUUUCUCAAAUUCAAUUAAGAUUGAAAUGUAAUUUCCACUUAUUGAUGACAAUAUUUAAUACUUCAACUAGUAGCCUCCCAGAAAUAUUGUUAUCAACAAUCAAUAGUGGGAAAGUCAUCAAUGAAAGUUCCAAUACUUCACAGCUUUGAAAAACGUAUAGCAUUUAAUAUUGGAUUGAUAAAUGACAAUCAUUGAAAUUUUGUCAAUCGAUUGAUGAGGAAUGAUACUUUCUUUGUGCUUCACUGAUUUUCCAAAUGAAUGACAGCUUCUAAUAAUUACCAUUGAUAUAUUUGCUUCCUGAUCAAGAUAAAGCCUCUUAGAAAAGCAAACUUUCAAGUUUUUUUGCACUUUCUAUGGAGUUAUAUUAUUUUAAUCAGCUAGGAUACCAAAAAUACUAUUUUAGAUUCUCUAUUCAAGUGCCUAAUGAUAAGCUAAUGUAAACAGGAACCGAAUUCUAAGAAUGUAUAAAUGUGGUAGCUUAUUUCCGUAAUAAUUCUGGUACCUACUGUAACAAUGAUAAUAAUUGAAUAUUAUUCUUAUUUUUUAGUUACACAUAUCAUUUUGUCAAUACUAGUUAUGAUACGUAAGUUCCCGAUCGAUUGUUCUGUUUUCCAUUUAAAAUGGGUGUAACACGGUACUGAUCUCAGUAUAUUUAUUUUACUGAAUGAAAUUAAGAAAAAGGCAUUGUCUAACUUUAUGCCAGUAUCUAACUUCCUUUAAACAGGUUCCUUUUUUGUGCUGAUGAAAUGGUUCAGGUAUGAAAUGUCAGAAAGAGCUUCUUUGUCUGUAAUAAAUUGAGAAUGUUUGUAUGUACCGGUACUUUUAGAACUGAAUAUUUGAAUAGACAGAAUAUUUUAGCAUCCAAAGUAAUUAACACUCACUCGAAAAAUAAUCAUACAUUAUUAUCAGUUCUCAUAUGUAUAGUUUCAAGUAAGUAAUCUUAGUGAAAACGAUUAUUAUCAUACGAUAAUUACAUUAUUGUAUGGACAAAUACCGUACAUCACAUAUUGUAAUGACUCGUCAAUGUUCAUUAAGCUAUUUUGUUUUAAAAUAAUUCUAUUGUUGUUUGUUAUAUGUUUUAUUUAUUAUGUUGAGUUGCACUAUUGUUUAUUAUUGUUUGUCUUUGAGAAAUUUUCUAUUUCCUAGAUCUUUAGUUACCUGUUUUAUGUAUUAGUAUUUCUAUUUUGAUAAUAGCGUAUGUCGCCCUAUUAACAGAAUGUGCUGUAUUUGCUAUGGUUUAGAAUAAUUUAUAAAUUAAACCAUCAACAAAAAGUUAUUGAAUACAGUAGUCAAAAUCAAUUUGCAUGAGUUUAAUUGGAUUUGUUUAUCUAGCCGUCAGAAAAUACAAACAUUGUUGAACGUAUUCUUAUAAUAAAUCACUCAUAAAAUG